AAAAAAAAAAAUACAAAAACAAUUUUUUCCAGGAAAUCUUAUUUAAAGUGAUUUUAUUUUGUGUUCAGGCACAGGUUUACUUUCAUGCUGCCCAAUAUUCCCUGCUUGUGCGCGCUCCCUGGGAGCGCGCAGCACCGCGAUCCGGUGCCCGCUGUGUCCUCCGGACACAGUGAAACACCGAUCGUCGGACGGGACCUCUGUACGAGGUCCCGAUCAUGUGAUCACUGAUUGGCCAAUCAGUGAUCACAUGCAAAGUAGUAAGCAAGAUGUCACUU